AUUUGCAUUUCAACAAGGUAGAUUGACCCCAACAGCAGUCCGUACCUUACGCUGAAGCCUGCAGUAAUCAUUGAGCUGUGUAGGAGCCGGCGGACACUAAAGGAAAGUAUUUGGCAGCGCAAUACAGUGGGGAUUAUAGAGCUACACCAGGCUGGUAACAGGUGCCCGGCUGUGCGUAUUGCAGGUAAAUACCGUAGUAUCGUACGGAAGGUUUUGCCGAAUGAAACCGUAAUGCAUUUGUGAAAUUUAAAAUUUUGGGUGUUCUGCUCCUGUUUAUUGGAUGGCUUCUGCACUAACUGUAAAGUCUGAGAGCCAAAUGCUUAUAGAUGAUGGAAUCCCGCCAACCAAGAAGCCCAGAAAGCUUUUGCCAAGUCUGAAGACAAAGAAACCUCAGGAGCUUGUUUUGGUAAUUGGAACAGGUAUUAGUUCUGCUGUUGCACCUCAGGUUCCUGCUUUAAAAUCUUGGAAGGGACUAAUCCAGGCCCUUCUUGAUGCUGCUAAUGACUUUGACUUGCUGGAAGAGGAGGAAAGCAAAAAGUUCCAGAAAUGCCUUCAUGAGGACAAGAACCUUAUUCACGUGGCUCAUGACUUAAUUCAGAAGUUGUCACCACGUACUAGCAAUGUGCGGUCCACCUUUUUUAAAGACUGCUUGUAUGAGGUGUUUGAUGAUCUUGAAUCAAAGAUGGAGGACUCUGGAAAACAGCUUUUACAGUCAGUGCUACAACUAAUGGAGCAUGGAGCCCUUGUUCUGACCACUAAUUUUGACAACUUGCUUGAAAUAUAUGCCAUUCAUCAAGGAAAGCAACUUGAAUCAUUAGACUUGACAGAUGAAAAAAAGGUCUUGGAGUGGGCUCAAGAGAAAAAAAAGCUGAGUGUUUUACACAUACAUGGAGUGUACACAAACCCCAGUGGUAUUGUCCUCCACCCAGCUGGCUACCAGAAUGUGCUAAGGAAUACGGAAGUCAUGAGAGAGAUCCAGAAGCUGUAUGAAACAAAGUCAUUCCUUUUCCUUGGCUGUGGUCGCACUGUGGAUGAUACAACAUUUCAGGCGCUCUUUCUGGAGGCAGUAAAACAUAAGUCUGACUUGGAGCAUUUCAUGUUGGUUCGCAGAGAGGAUGUAGAGGAGUUCAAAAAGCUGAGAGAAAAUAUGCUGGAUAAGGGCAUCAAAGUGAUCUCUUAUGGCACUGAGUACACUGAUUUGCCAGAAUACUUUGAGAGGCUUGCUAAUGAGAUCUCUACUAAAGGACGCACUGGGAUGACAAAAGAUAUUCCAUUGAAAAAUGGCCCAGGCAUUGCAGAUUUUCAAAAUAAAGGCCAACAAUCUCAUACUGAUCAACAACAGUUCACUGACAUGGAGCCAUUUUAUGAAGAAAAAACACAGUUUUUACAACAUCCUGAUGAUGACACACAUGUUGAACAAGGUCAAGUUAAACUGGCUUCAUGCUUCUGCAAUGAACAAGUUGAACAGCAAUAUGCAAUAUCGCCAGGCCCAUCUCAGACAAAACAGCAAUCUUUGUUGCCAAAAGAGCAGCCUUAUGAUAGCAUCAUAGAACACUUAAGGGGCUUAAAAGCCUUACAUGAAGCAAUGAGAAAGGGAAUAAUGCAUAGGAUGAACACAAUGCACAUGGACCUCUGCCGUCUUAACAUAAGUAUAAAUAAAAAUAGUGUUCUUUGUAGAAAAAUGGUUAAAUUGGAGGCCAAACGAAAUCACCUACUUUGCCAAAUGAAUGACAACAUAAGCAAGCUUUCACAAAGUGUUCUAAUGGCAGUUCAACAGAACAUUAAUCAAAGGGAAUUGCAUCCUUUUUUGGAAGAAUGGAGAAGAACUGAUGUGGAAAGCAACACUCUUGCACCUACUUUGGAAUCUGCUGCAGGCCCUUUUCCCUUCACUGCAGCUACAGUAACACCCCAGUCCACUCCAUGUCAUCAUUCUUUAAGGUCCAGAAGCACACGCUCUUCAUUGCUCAAGUGCUGUGAGCUAAGGUCAAAAGCCACAAAGCAACUCAGAAAAUGAAAUAUAUAUUUUCUGUGUUUAUUAAUUUCAACUGUCACUAGUGCUGGAAAAUAGUUCAGAUAUGGGAUCUGUUAUCCGGAAACCCAUUAUCCAGAUUACAGAAAGGCCACCUCCCAUAGACUCCAUUAUAAGAAAAUAAUUCUAAUUUUUAAAAACGAUUACCUUUUUCUCUAUUGUAAUAAAACAGUACCUUGUACUUGAUCCCAACUAAGACAUAAUUAACCCUUAUUGGAGGUUUAAUAAUCGUGUUGGGUUUAAAUGAUGUUUAAAUAAUUUUUUAGUAUGGAGAUCCAAAAAAAAAAGCCCUGGGUCCCAAGCAUUCUGGAUAACAUGUCCCAUACAUGUACUCUCUUUCAGUAAUACUAUAUACCCACUUUCUACUUUUUCUAUUAAAAUAUGGUAUCAUUUAUUGUGCUGUUUUCCCUUAAAAACCUUAAUACACGAGGAACACAGUUGUUCUAUUAGGAUUUAGAAAAAAAAUGUUGGUUAUCAGGUAGUUAUCGCUGUCUUAUGGGUGAAGGAGUUCCUGAGCACUAUGGAUGGAUUUAUGUUUGAAUGCUCAUAGAAGAUAUCUUCCUCAUCUUCUGGAGACAGAUGUUGGUAGAACUGAUAUAAAGAUAGUAGACUGUAAAUAUUUUGCAGAAAUACUGUAAGAAUUCUUAGUUUAAAAAAAUAGUGUGAUUCUUGGGUCACAUGUAAAUGGAACUGAUAUGUUUGUAGAGAAUUUAAUGGAAGGCUGCUAUGGAGGCAUUACUAUUAAACAAUUGCACACCUAUA